ACCAAAGACAGCCUCGACUCCCUCUUCUCCACAACAAUCAUUCAAAACACCCUCUUCACGAUGCCUUCUGUCAUUAAGUACCUGGCCCUCGUCGGCCUCGCCAGCGCCUACAACGGCUUCAUCUGCUCCUGCAACGACGAAAACGGCAACAACAUCGAAGCGACCGGCGACACCUGCGUCAACUUCUCGCAGCAGGGCGGGUACAUCGACAAGAACAACAACUGCGACCUGCCCGACGGCCCGCCGAUCCAACAGCAAUUCCUCAAGUUCUGCCAGAGCGACGGCAAAGGCGGCGCCUGCGUCGGCGAGGGCAAAUACGCCGACGAUUCGCAGAGCCUAGCGCCCCCGGCGAACAAGCGCGGCAGCGUCUCCAAACCGUUCAACUCGCGCAUCCUCGGCCGUGGAGCUAGCCCUCCGGGUGCGUGUCCACCUAUCGGGCCGUGUUCGUCGACCGGCGACCCUUACACGGUCCGUUUUGAGCACGGGGACAGUUCGUGUGGUGGAGCCGAAGCCUAUUUUGCGCCCACGGACGGCGAUCUGCUCACCACGUCGUCGGGAUGUUCCUUUGAUCCGGGCCCAUACGAUGGCUACGUGUACCUCGGCGGAGGGACGUGCGGUGGAGUCGGGCAUGGACUCCUGCAGACUAUGCAGUUUUACGACUCCGACCAGAAUCCGAUCGGUCAAUACGACUUCACCAUUGGCACUAAGGGGAGCUGCUUCUCUAUGGGGGCUGCCGCGUACUAUUCGUGGUCUGUGAACAACGGUUCAGAGUAG